CCUGUCAUGGACACCAUGUGUGGGUUGGUUAUCUAUACUGUCAUGGACACCAUGUGUGGGUUGGUUAUCUAUACUGUCAUGGACACCAUGUGUGGGUUGGUUAUCUAUACUGUCAUGGACACCAUGUGUGGGUUGGUUAUCUAUACUCUCAAUGGACACCAUGUGUGGGUUGGUUAUCUAUACUGUCAUGGACACCAUGUGUGGGUUGGUUAUCUAUACUGUCAUGGACACCAUGUGUGGGUUGGUUAUCCAUACUCUCAUGGACACCAUGUGUGGGUUGGUUAUCUAUACUGUCAUGGACAUCAUGUGUGGGUUGGUUAUCUAUACUGUCAUGGACACCAUGUGUGGGUUGGUUAUCUAUACUCUCAAUGGACACCAUGUGUGGGUUGGUUAUCUAUACUGUCAUGGACACCAUGUGUGGGUUGGUUAUCUAUACUGUCAUGGACACCAUGUGUGGGUUGGUUAUCUAUACUCUCAUGGACACCGUGUGUGGGUUGGUUAUCUAUACUGUCAUGGACACCAUGUGUGGGUUGUUUAUCUAUACUGUCAUGGACACCAUGUGUGGGUUGGUUAUCUAUACUGUCAUGGACACCAUGUGUGGGUUGGUUAUCUAUACUAUCAUGGACACCAUGUGUGGGUUGGUUAUCUAUACUGUCAUGGACACCAUGUGUGGGUUGGUUAUCUAUACUGUCAUGGACACCAUGUGUGGGUUGGUUAUCUAUACUCUCAUGGACACCAUGUGUGGGUUGGUUAUCUAUACUAUCAUGGACACCAUGUGUGGGUUGGUUAUCUAUACUGUCUUGGACACCAUGUGUGGGUUGGUUAUCUAUACUGUCUUGGACACCAUGUGUGGGUUGGUUAUCUAUACUGUCAUGGACACCAUGUGUGGGUUGGUUAUCUAUACUGUCAUGGACACCAUGUGUGGGUUGGUUAUCUAUACUGUCAUAGACACCAUGUGUGGGUUGGUUAUCUAUACUGUCAUGGACACCAUGUGUGGGUUGGUUAUCUAUACUGUCAUGGACACCAUGUGUGGGUUGGUUAUCUAUACUCUCAUGGACACCAUGUGUGGGUUGGUUAUCUAUACUGUCAUGGACACCAUGUGUGGGUUGGUUAUCUAUACUGUCAUGGACACCAUGUGUGGGUUGGUUAUCUAUACUGUCAUGGACACCAUGUGUGGGUUGGUUAUCUAUACUGUCAUGGACACCAUGUGUGGGUUGGUUAUCUAUACUGUCAUGGACACCAUGUGUGGGUUGGUUAUCUAUACUGUCAUGGACACCAUGUGUGGGUUGGUUAUCUAUACUGUCAUGGACACCAUGUGUGGGUUGGUUAUCUAUACUGUCAUGGACACCAUGUGUGGGUUGGUUAUCUAUACUGUCAUGGACACCAUGUGUGGGUUGGUUAUCUAUACUGUCAUGGACACCAUGUGUGGGUUGGUUAUCUAUACUGUCAUAGACGCCAUGUGUGGGUUGGUUAUCUAUCCUGGUAUUGUGCUCUCAUGACCCCGAAUCGUACUGCUCUGAUUGUGCCAACGUGACCCCUCAUUAUGACAUCACAGGCUGAACCAACACUGUUCAUUCAUUUAAUGGUUUGUAGCUUCAACAUCAAGUCUGAGUUCAAGAUUGUGCCCUAUUCGCUAUGUAGUGCACUCCUUUAGACCAGGACCCCGGAAGGGCUAUAGUGAAAAGUAGUGCACUAUAUAGGGAAUAGGGUGCAACCAUAGAGUCCCAUUGAGUAAGUCAUUAUGGUGUAGUUUAUCAAUGUUCCUCAAACUGUAGGAGUCAACGACAGUGGAUGACACAGACCAAUAGAUUCAUUACCCCUCUUGUACAAUGCUAUUAUUUUGUAUGAAAUUGUGUUUAAACAAAAAUGAACGUUUGGAAAGUAAUCAACGACACUAAUAUAAACUCAAUCUUUUUUUUUAAAUAAAUAAAUAAACAAAAUAUUUAUCUGGUUACUGUGUUUAACACUUGGAAUCACAUCUUCACAAGAUGUGGUUAAAUGAAACCAGAUUGAUUUCUCCCCUGUAUAUUCUAUAUAAGUCGUGGUUAUCUUCAGUGGUCAGCCUCCCCAUGUUCUGAUAUCGAGCCAUGCUCCAUACUUCUCUUUAUGCUUCAAAGUUACAUCUUUAGACCCAUUGGUUGUUGAUGUAACUGCUAAUCAGAGCUGAUAUCUCCCAUUGGUUGUUGAUGUAACUGCUAAUCAGAGCUGAUAUCUCCCAUUGGUUGUUGAUGUAACUGCUAAUCAGAGCUGAUAUCUCCCAUUGGUUGUUGAUGUAACUGCUAAUCAGAGCUGAUAUCUCCCAUUGGUUGUUGAUGUAACUGCUAAUCAGAGCUGAUAUCUCCCAUUGGUUGUUGAUGUAACUGCUAAUCAGAGCUGAUAUCUCCCAUUGGUUGUUGAUGUAACUGCUAAUCAGAGCUGAUAUCUCCCAUUGGUUGUUGAAGUAACUGCUAAUCAGAGCUGAUAUCUCCCAUUGGUUGUUGAUGUAACUGCUAAUCAGAGCUGAUAUCUCCCAUUGGUUGUUGAUGUAACUGCUAAUCAGAGCUGAUAUCUCCCAUUGGUUGUUGAUGUAACUGCUAAUCAGAGCUGAUAUCUCCCAUUGGUUGUUGAUGUAACUGCUAAUCAGAGCUGAUAUCUCCCAUUGGUUGUUGAUGUAACUGCUAAUCAGAGCUGAUAUCUCCCAUUGGUUGUUGAAGUAACUGCUAAUCAGAGCUGAUAUCUCCCAUUGGUUGUUGAAGUAACUGCUAAUCAGAGCUGAUAUCUCCCAUUGGUUGUUGAUGUAACUGCUAUCAGAGCUGAUAUCUCCCAUUGGUUGUUGAUGUAACUGCUAAUCAGAGCUGAUAUCUCCCAUUGGUUGUUGAUGUAACUGCUAAUCAGAGCUGAUAUCUCCCAUUGGUUGUUGAUGUAACUGCUAAUCAGAGCUGAUAUCUCCCAUUGGUUGUUGAUGUAACUGCUAAUCAGAGCUGAUAUCUCCCAUUGGUUGUUGAAGUAACUGCUAAUCAGAGCUGAUAUCUCCCAUUGGUUGUUGAUGUAACUGCUAAUCAGAGCUGAUAUCUCCCAUUGGUUGUUGAAGUAACUGCUAAUCAGAGCUGAUAUCUUCCAUUGGUUGUUGAUGUAACUGCUAUCAGAGCUGAUAUCUCCCAUUGGUUGUUGAUGUAACUGCUAUCAGAGCUGAUAUCUCCCAUUGGUUGUUGAAGUAACUGCUAAUCAGAGCUGAUAUCUCCCAUUGGUUGUUGAUGUAACUGCUAAUCAGAGCUGAUAUCUCCCAUUGGUUGUUGAAGUAACUGCUAUCAGAGCUGAUAUCUCCCAUUGGUUGUUGAUGUAACUGCUAUCAGAGCUGAUAUCUCCCAUUGGUUGUUGAAGUAACUGCUAAUCAGAGCUGAUAUCUCCCAUUGGUUGUUGAUGUAACUGCUAAUCAGAGCUGAUAUCUCCCAUUGGUUGAUGAUGUAACUGCUAAUCAGAGCUGAUAUCUCCCAUUGGUUGUUGAAGUAACUGCUAUCAGAGCCGAUAUCUUCCCCUAUGGUGGUGUAACUGCUAUCAGAGCCGAUAUCUUCCCCUAUGGUGGUGUGUGAUUAUGGUUCUAUACUGUGGCCAUGUUCUCAACAGUCUUUGCUUCUCAAACGGCACCCUAUUCCCUAUAUAGUGCACUACCUGUGACCAGGGCCCAUAGGCUAGUGCACUACCUGUGACCAGGGCCCAUAGGCUAGUGCACUACCUGUGACCAGGGCCCAUAGGCUAGUGCACUACUUGUGACCAUGGCCCAUAGGGUAGUGUACUAUAUAGGGAAUAGGGUGCUAUUUGGGACGCUACACCAUGGCUGCCUCAUACUGUUGUUUUGAUCUCUCAACUCCUUCACAUCUUCACACACAGGAUUGUAUUCAUUAGGGAUCCAACGGACGAAAACAGACAAACAAGAAGGACGACUUGUCCAUUUUAACAACUUUUUUUUCAUUUUUUUUUUCAGUUGAACAUUUUUUGUACAUAAAAGUGAUUUUGGGGCAUUUUAAACAAGUCCGCAAUGAUAACCUGGUCUCACUGAGGUUUGGUGAGGAUUUCAACCAUGGUACAAAAAUUCACAAUGCUCUCUGACUCUUCUGGGGUCAUACAUCUCAAUAAGAACCUCUGCUGUCACUCAGUAUCUUCUGAGUUCCCUUUUCUGAUCAGAAAACGAUCAAUAGUUUAAGUGAUGUUUCCGAUAGAAGUGGUGCUUCGAUGAUUCCAAGUUGGUCAUCAAAAAAACACGUCACAAGUUUCCGUGAUUUCAUGUUUUAUUUUAUUUUUUCCUUCCCGAAAAUCUGUUUCUGAAAUUUUGUAUCCCAGUUUAUAUUCAACUAGAAGACUUGAUCUGAAAUGUGUGGAAUGUAGAUGUACACUAUACCGUUAAUGUCGGCCUAAGACAAGUUGGCCUUUCUGUUUCUGUUUUUUUUAAUUAUUAUUCACUUUUGAUACUGUGAAAAUCUUUCGUUCAGAAAGAUUAAAACAUUACAGUUUUGACAAAA